CUCCCUCACUCCCCAUUGCAGAGAACGGCGGCUCCUCCUCCUCCGCCGCCGCCGCCCUCCCCGCGACCGGCGCGGAGAGUUUAUUCUCCAUCCAAGGCAAGCCCUCUGGCCGCAAACAAAAAAAAGGAAAAGAAAAACUCGCGGAUUUACUCUGUCCGAGGACGCGACCGUCGCCGCAGGAGACGGAGGGAGGAGGUCGCCGUCGACCGGGGAGGACGACGGAGGCGGUGGUCGGUCACGCGCGCGCGCUUCCUUCAUAUCUUCCCGCGGCGGCGACGCCCGUGUGGCGCCGGUCACAACAACCAGGAGCACUAGUGGUCCCAAGCAAUGGUUCAUUUCAAGAACAGGUACAUGGUGAUGGAGGUCUUCAUCGACGCGAGCAGAGGAGAGGCUGAUCCCGUCAUCCUCACCCAGCUCAACAUAACCAAAGUUAUCAGAGACAGCAUCCAGCUCAACUUUGGGGAGUGUGGCCUCGCUGCAUCUCUUGGGUCAUUUCAAGUGAAGUAUGUAAAUCCUCUGACGAAGAUUUGCGUAAUACGAGUGUCGCGUGAAGAUCACCAAAAAGUUUGGGCUGCUAUCACAAUGGUGAGGAACAUUGGGAAGAUCCCUGUGUCGUUCAACCUCUUGGAUGUGAGUGGAAGUAUCAGGGCCUGCAAGAAAGCCGCAUUGGAGUGCGAAGAAGCGAAGUUUGAGCAGUACAAGCUGGCUGCUUGUGAUGGUAUCACGCCGGAGAUCAUCGAGUCCGUGCAGAGUUGCUUUGGCAAACUUAAGGGGCUAGAUAGCUAGUGAAGAUGGAAGUUUGUUUCGCGCCAUUAGUCUUCUUUUCAGAGACUUGAAGCAUAUCAGUUCUGAAGAACUUAUAGAUUUACAGUGAGCAAUUGUGCCUCUGUACCACCUUUUCAAUGGCUCUCCACCCAGUGGUCUAGGUUCGAACUGACAUAGUACCAACUAAUGUUCUCUGGCUGGUGUUGCAUUACAUGAAGAAGUUUGAGUUCUCAA